AGAGACGUGAGACGGGUGAGUGCAUAGAGCGGAUGGUGCAGAUUUCCCCGUUUGCGUUCACAAUUCAAUUUAUGCCACACCGUUCACAUUCUCUCCAACUUUUGCCGACUCCAGUCUUGAAUUUGGUUUUCGAAAUUGUUCCGAUUCUUGAAAAACAAUGACCCAGAAGCGUCGUAAUAACGGACGGUCCAAGCACGGACGCGGACAUGUGAAACCUGUCAGAUGCACCAACUGUGCGCGAUGUGUCCCCAAGGACAAGGCUAUCAAAAAGUUUGUCAUCAGGAAUAUUGUUGAAGCUGCAGCCGUUAGGGAUAUCACAGAAGCUUCGGUUUACACCAUGUACCAACUUCCCAAGUUGUACGCUAAACUGCAUUACUGCGUAUCCUGCGCUAUUCACUCUAAGGUCGUCAGGAAUAGGUCGAAGGAAGAUCGAAGAAUCAGAACUCCGCCACCAAGGUUUGCACGACCGGGUGAUCAACCGCGUCCAGGUGGCCAAGGUGGUCAGCCAGUCCGAAAGUGAACAUCUUCUAUUUUUAGGACUAAACCUUUGUUAUAAAUUCCUCUAUGAGUAACGUGAAAUAAAAGCGUCUCAUAAGAAAUUUUA